AUGCCCGCCCCCUCGCCCCUCGCCAUCACUACCAGCUCCGUGCAGCGCCUGCUCAAGGAGGAAGCUUCCUACCACAAGGAGGUGACGGACCAAGAAAAGACGGUCAAGGAUCUCGAGGCCAAGCUCCAAGCCGGCGGCGCCGACGAGGAUGGCAACGAGGCAUUCAUGGUGAAGCAGAAUAAAACCGCCAUCGAGCAGACAAAGGCCGUCUUUGAGCCCCUCAAGCAGCGCAUCGCUGACUCCGUGGCCAAACUCGAGGACCAGCUCGCGGCUGCUGAGCAAGCUGGUGCGCCCGAGGCUGAGAUUACGCAGGCCAAGACGGUGCUCGCCCAGGCCAAGGCGGCCGCCUAA